AUGUCAGGUGUGGCUGCCAACACGUCCACUACGUUUGUAACGCUACAGCCUCUAAUAUCCGUUGAUUCCAAUUCCGCCGCGCCAUCCCUGCGCUGCCUCAAAGCGGCGAUGCAGGUGCUACGCACUUUCCAGCAUUUUGGCAAGCAAAUCAUACCAUCCCUGACAACUCUUCUCGUCCAUAUCGCAACCAUACCAUACUACCGCCUCUACCAGUUCAACACCCGCUCCCCAAUGCGCAACAUCGCAAAACUCGCCUCCGAAGCUCCACCGGACGAUGCCAAACUCCUCCACGCGCUCCUCUCCUGGCGCUCCCGAAAAAUCACUGAAUUUCAAUUCACCACCAUAUCUUGCACCGUCCUAGCCGCCGCCGUAAUCGGCGCCUUCUCCUGGACCACCGUCGAAGAAGCACACUGGCUCACCCACGGACUGUGGCACUCAAGUCUGAUCCUAGCCGUGCUAGGAAUCCUGCUCUCAGCCUCAGGAGUCACCGUGUUGUAUAUCCUCGGUCCGACACAGACGACCAUCAAGCCGUACCGCUCCCGACUCAUUCUGCAGAGAUACAACCCUUUACUCUUGUCGAGAAGUAAUGACUCGUCACAGCUUUUCGUCCCGCGACGGAAAAUGAUGUUCACAUGGCAGGGCCCGCUCAUGUUCAUGUCGUACUCUGUGUGCACGUUUCUGGGCGGUCUAACGAUACUAGUAUGCACACCGCUGAUCCGGUACCAGCAUGGCGACAACUGGAAUUCUGGACACAACAUAGCGGUUGUCUACUUAGUUGUUAUGACAUUGGCUGGCGCGCUGUUCGUCUUCUGCUCGUUUUGGAUUUAUCAUUACGUUAGCCCAGGAGUGGACGGUGAGGACCACUUCGCUGAGAACAGGCUAUGGAAUGAGGAGGAUGGAAAUGAGAUAAAUUUGAGGGAGUUGAGCGGUCGGGGUUUACUUACGCCCAUUGGUGAAGGUAGACCGGCGACGAUGCAUUAUCGCCCGCGGGCCGCCCAGGAAGAAGAGUCGAAAGGUGGGCAGCGAGAAUGAGGCAUGAAUGACCAAAAGAUGGCGAAUCCAUACCUUAGGUUGUUGAUCUUAAGAAUGGCCCUGUUACACUACGUGGCAGU